CUUUGUAUUUUUGUAAUUGAUGUACCAGUAGGUAGUUUUGGUGUUCGAAAAUUUUUCAUUUUACGAAUAUAUUAAAUGGCUAUAUUUUCCUUUACGAUAAUAUACCACACGCUUCUAUCUGUAGUUACGUAACAAUUUAUUUUUGGAAGUGCCAAAUAUUUAUGACGUAUAGGACAAUAUUAAACAAAUACUGCAUAGUAGGUACAUGCAAUAAUUGUUUGCGAUUGAUUUCGAAGCAAGUACCUAGAUUAAUUCCUUGUACACGUAUUUCAAGGUGAAGGCGGAGCUUCGUUGAUAUAAUUGUCUGUUCACAGUUCAGUGUCCUCUGGAAUAGUGUCGAAGUAACACGUAUUGAUAACUUUAAGUGCAAUGAGUUUCAACGAGAAAGUCGUGAUAGUGACGGGGGCGAGUUCUGGUAUCGGAGCCGCAAUCGCUGAGAAAUUUAGCAGCGAAGGAGCUCAAGUAGUAAUGGUUGGUCGGAAUGAGACCAAAUUAAAUGCCGUGGCCGCCAGAUGCAAAAAUCCUCUUAUUAUCAAAGCAGAACUAGCCAAGGAGGAAGACAUAGUACGAAUUGUCGACGAAACCAUCAAGGAAUUCGGUAAAAUUGAUAUUUUAGUUAACAACGCUGGAACGUCAACAAUGGGUAGCGUUUUAGUUGGAGAUAUAUUAAAAUCAUACGACGAAGUAAUGAACGUUAAUUUUAAAGCUAUUGUGCACUUGACUAAAUUGGCCGCUCCACAUUUAAUUGCUACUAAAGGAAAUAUUAUUAAUAUAUCCAGUAUUGGCGGUGAGAGGACAACCUCCGUACCAGUUCUGAUGAUGUACUCUUGUUCUAAAGCUGCAUUAAACCAUUUCUCAAAGGAUGUUGCCCUGGAGCUAGCGCCUCAUAAAGUUAGGGUAAAUGUAAUAAGCCCUGGGCCAGUUCGUACCGAUAUUCUGGAAAAUACUGGCACACCCAUUCCGUGGGAGGCUUUCAAGCAAAAGACAGCGCUGGAUAGAAUAUCUGAGCCAGAAGAAAUAGCAGAUCUUGCUUUAUUCCUUGCUAGUGAGAAGGCUAAGGGAAUAACUGGUUCUAUAUAUGUUACAGACAAUGGAAUGUCAUUAAAGAACUAAUUGGUACCAUUAACAUUAUAUGUAUUAUGUAAACAACAGUACAUCAUUA